CACACCCCCCACCCCCCGGUGGAGAGGCGCCUUAGCCGGGAGAGGAAAGCUCUUUUUCGGUCAGAUGGCGUGCCGCAGUCCGCCCACAGAUUUCUCGCGCCCACACCGCCAGCGAAAAGACUGUCAUUAACAAUACAGCAACACUGGCAGGCGAAGGCAGGCGAGCAGGGACUAAAAGGCUGAAAGGACCACACUUUAUGUCCUUCUAGUGCACUUCUGUAAACAUGUUAGAGCCCUUUAGCUGAAGAUUUAGCGCACACAUUUGGUCUGCGUUGCUCGUAGGUAGAGAAGAACUCGUUUCAUCACCUUUUGUGAAAUGUGAACGCUUCAUAUAAACUGCGACAGACGUAAACAUCAUACUGUAAACGGCGCACAGGCGAACACUAAAGCAGGACAGAAGGCAAAAGCGGCACAGGAAAGAAAAGGAGCCUCGAAAUUCAAGUCUUGAUUUCGUCCCAGAACCCCACGGGUCUGAUUCUGAGUUUGACUUUGACGUUAUGCUUAUGGUUGGUUCACCCUGACCAACGCUUCUAGCCACCCAGGAUGUCGCUGCCGCGGACGCUAGGUGAGUUGCAGCUGUACCGGGUCUUGCAGCGGGCCAACCUGCUGAUGUACUACGACACCUUCAUCCAGCAAGGCGGCGACGAUGUGCAGCAGCUGUGUGAGGCAGGCGAAGAGGAAUUUCUGGAGAUCAUGGCCCUGGUUGGCAUGGCGACGAAGCCCUUGCAUGUCCGCCGCCUGCAGAAGGCCCUCCGGGACUGGGCGGCCAACCCCACGGUCUUCAACCAGCCUCUGGCCGCCAACGUGGCGCCUGGAGGAAUCCCACUUUUUAAGAUAGACAGCACGAGUGCUGGAGGAACCAGUGUCCUGGGGUCAAGAAAGUCUUUAAGCAAUGGUCAGCCAGGGUCUCCUUGUGAGAGAGAAGACCAAGGAGCUUGCCUUACACCAUUACGAGACAACGGGAGCCCUAGAAGUCCAUGCUCUCAGGCUUCACCGCUGCCACCAGAUCAUUUGUAUCGGGACAAGCUGAGCCCUAUGGAGCCUCAUUGGCUUAGCCCUGACCUAGACGGAAGUGUUGGAGUGGAUGAGGACCAGCCCAGCCCCCCUUUGCCUCUUGCACUUCACUCUCGGCCUGUUGGCCUCUCAACACCGCCCACCUCUUCUUCGUCCUCUUCCUCUUCCACCGCAGCCUCUCCCUGGCCAGGCGGUCAACUGGACCCAGAGACAGUAAGAGCUGUAGCCGAGAGCGUGGACCGACUGCUCAGGACGAUGCCCCAAGCCGACCCGGGCGAGGUGAAGACUUUGCUGAGGCUCAACAAGAAGAUGGCCAAGACGGUGGGCCACAUCUUCAACCUGGACCCCCAUGACAAGAGCAAAGAGGAGGAGAUCCGCAAGUACAGCCUCAUCUACGGCCGCUUCGACUCCAAGAGGAGAGAGGGCAAGCAGCUCACCCAUCACGAGAUGAUCAUCAAUGAGGCAGCUGCCCAGUUCUGUAUCCGGGACAAUGCCCUAUUGUUAAGGCGAGUCGAGCUGUUCUCACUGGCUCGGCAGGUUGCAAGAGAAUGUGCCUACACCUCAACGCUUAAGCACACCAGGACCAACCCUGAGGACUGCACUGUGUCCACUACUGACAGUGCAGCUCCAAAAAGAAUCAAACUGGAGAUCACAGAUUCUGACAUUAUUAACCCCAUACGUGGGUUGAAAGGCUCUGAAUCAGUUUCCCACGGCAACCUCAGGUCAGCGGCCGACGACGACAGCCUGUCAGGAGAGAGUCUCGACAGUUUAACCCAAGAUGUAGGCCCACAGUUGCACCCCUCCUCAUCCCCCCGCCCCCUCACGGACACCAUUGGCCCUGUCACCUGGAGUCGCCAGCUCAUGCAACAAACGCUCAUGGACGAGGGCCUACGAUUGGCUAGAAUGGUGUCACGUGACCACGCGGGCAAGGUCAGCCUAGGUUCAGAGAAGAGACAGACUUCAGAGAUAGAGAACAGAGUGUCGGAAAGACGAGGCUUAAGCACGUCCCACAGGAGCGGAAGUCCUGGAAGCACCAAAGACGACCCAUAACCCACCACAAGCUAGAAUCUGCCUUGCUGCUCAACUCAGGUCUCACACGACUGGAACCCUCUGGAGGUUUUCACAUCCGCUUUCCCAAGACGUGUUUCAACCCAAAAUCUGUCGCAACCAAAACUACACACAGCUGUAUGCAUUCCAUUUAACAUGAGCAUUGAAGGACGUCUCCCGUAUUGUGAUUGGAUGAAUAGUUUAAGAGGAGGAAGAGGGCUGGAGGACGUUUCUUGUAAAUACAUAGAUAGCAUCCCUUUCUUUCUGUCACACCAGUAACAACAAGCAGUGCGUGUUUGCGCCUCUGAAUGACACGUUUCUCUAGUUUAAUGGCACAGUAUAGCAGUAAACCCCUUCCAUGGUGCUAAUCUUGAGUCACUUGUAGAAAAAGUGUAGAAUUAGAUUGUAAUGUGGUAAAAGUUAGCCUGCUUUUGCCUGAAUUCAAAGUACUGUUUGACCCAGUUUAAUUGUGGAUGUUAAAGAAAAUGAAUUUUAACACUAAUAUACUAACUACAAUACACAUCCGUGAACUCUUGGGAACAUUUUGUGUUAUCUUUCCGGUAGAUUGUACACCAUCAACACCACCCCGUAAUAGAAAUCAUUGUUGGCAUACUUGCAUCAGAUAAUUUAUUUUUUAAUAUUCUCAAUAAAUGGUAUUUUAUUGUUUCCUACUGUUA